AUGCGGAAAUGUGGGGAAGAGAGGAAGGGUAAAAGAAGGAUCUUCCUGAAGCACUUCCGCCAGUCUUUCGGCGGGCCACUUCCGGUGAAAGAGUCUUAUCCGGCUGUCCCUCCGAUCUGGUCCGUGGAGUCGGACGACCCCAAUCUGGCCGCCGUUCUGGAGAGACUGGCGGACGUGAAGAAAGGAAACACUUUGCUCCUCCAGCACCUGAAGCGGAUCAUUUCGGACCUCUGCAAACUCUACAAUCUUCCUCAGCAUCCGGAUGUUGAGAUGCUGGACCAGCCGCUGCCCGCCGAGCAGAGCACCCAGGAAGAAGUCUCCUCAGAAGAGGAAGAUGAGGAAAUGCCAGAGGACACAGAAGAACUCGACCACUACGAGAUGAAGGACGAAGAGCCGGCGGAAGGCAAGAAGGCCGAAGACGACGGCAUCGGCAAGGAGAACCUGGCCAUCCUCGAGAAAAUCAAAAAGAACCAGAGGCAAGAUUACUUAAAUGGCGCAGUAUCUGGGUCCGUGCAGGCCACCGACCGGCUGAUGAAGGAGCUCAGGGAUAUUUACCGAUCGGCGAGUUUCAAGGGCGGGAACUACGCAGUUGAACUAGUGAAUGACAGCUUGUACGACUGGAAUGUCAAACUCCUGAAGGUGGACGAGGACAGCGCCUUGCACAGUGACCUGCAGAUCCUGAAGGAGAAAGAGGGGGCAGAGUUCAUCCUCCUCAAUUUCACCUUCAAGGACAACUUCCCUUUCGACCCGCCCUUCGUAAGGGUCGUGUCUCCUGUGCUGUCGGGAGGGUACGUUCUGGGCGGAGGCGCCAUCUGCAUGGAACUUCUCACAAAGCAGGGCUGGAGCAGCGCCUACUCGGUGGAGUCCGUGAUCAUGCAGAUCAGCGCCACCCUGGUGAAGGGCAAAGCCCGGGUCCAGUUCGGCGCAAAUAAAAACCAAUACAGCUUGACAAGAGCACAGCAGUCGUACAAAUCCCUGGUGCAGAUCCACGAGAAGAACGGCUGGUACACGCCCCCCAAGGAAGACGGCUAGCGCGUGGGGAGGGGGGACGGCCGAGCCGGCAGCCCGGGACCAAGCCUUGACUUCCCCACCGAACGCUGCGGCGCGCGGACCGUCGACGGACACCUCCUCGUCCUCCCCGGGCCAGGGGACGGCCGAACGCCCGCGCCGCGAGCCUCUCUCGUCGGGCCGCUCGGACGGACUGA